CAGUGCGCGCGUCCCUGGUGCCCGCGUGAGCGCGGCGCGGGGCCGCGGUAGCCUGAGGCCUGGCCGUUGGGCCCUGCCCACGCGCGGCCUGACCCUCCGCGGCAUAUCGGGCUGAACUUGGCCACGCGCCCUCCGCUCUCGCCGCGCGCCCAGGCGCCAUCCGAGCGCAAAGGCGCGGCCCCGCGUGACGCGCGCACCUGCCGAAGAGGAGGCGCGGGCCCGGGGUUGCGGGUCCCCCCCACCCCGAGGCUGCCGCCCCGGCCACUUCCCGGAGGAGCGAGAUGAAGCACUCAGGCAUUUGGAAGAUGCUCAGAGCGGCCGUGUGCCUGGCCCUUCUGAGCUGCCUGCAAGCCCAGGAAUUCCAGGGACACGUUUCCAUAAUUCUUCUGGGAGCAACCGGGGACCUGGCUAAGAAGUACUUGUGGCAGGGCCUGUUCCAGCUGUACUUGGAUGAGGCAGGGAAAGGCCACAGUUUCAGCUUCCAUGGAGCUGCUCUGACAGCCCCUCAGCAGGGCCAAGAGCUUAUGGCCAAGGCCCUAGAAUCCCUCUCUUGCCCUAAGGACAUGGCACCCGGUCACUGUGCUGAACUCAAGGGUCAGUUUCUGCAGCUGAGCCAGUACCGCCAACUGAAGACAGCUGAGGACUAUCAGACUCUAAGCAAGGACAUCGAGACUCAGGUCCAGCAGGAAGGGCUCUGGGAGGCCGGCAGGAUUUUCUAUUUCUCCGUGCCACCCUUUGCCUACGCAGACAUUGCCCGCAACAUCAAUAGCAGCUGCCGGCCAGGCCCGGGUGCCUGGCUGCGGGUUGUCUUUGAAAAGCCCUUUGGCCAUGACCACCUCUCUGCCCAGCAGUUGGCUUCAGAACUUGGGAGCUUUUUCCAAGAGGAGGAGAUGUACCGGGUGGACCAUUACCUGGGCAAGCAGGCCGUGGCUCAGAUCCUGUCCUUCCGAGACCAGAACCGUAAGGCCUUGGAUGGCCUCUGGAACAGGCACCAUGUGGAGCGGGUGGAGAUCAUCAUGAAGGAGACUGUGGAUGCGGAAGGUCGUACCAGUUUCUACGAGGAGUAUGGUGUCAUCCGGGACACACUGCAGAACCACCUGACUGAGAUCCUCACACUGGUGGCAAUGGAGCUGCCUUAUGACAUCAGCAGCUCAGCUGCUGUGCUGCAGCACAAACUGCAGACUUUCCAGGCCCUGCGGGGGCUGCAGAAGAGCAGUGCUGUCCUGGGCCAGUACCAGGCCUACAGGGAGCAGGUGCGCCGCGAGCUGCAGAGGCCAGACAGCUUCCACAGCCUGACACCGACUUUCGCAGGUGUCCUGGUCCACGUCGACAACCUGCGCUGGGAGGGUGUUCCUUUCAUCCUGAUGUCUGGCAAGGCCUUGGACGAGAGAGUGGGCUAUAUUCGGAUCUUGUUCAAGAACCGGGCGUACUGCACCCAGAGUGAGAGGCACUGGGCCUCAGAGCAGAACCGAUGCCUGCCCCAGCAGAUCAUCUUUUACAUUGGACAUGGUGAACUGGGCCACCCUGCCAUUCUGGUCAGCCGGAACCUGUUCAAGCCCUCCCUGCCCACCCAGAGCUGGAAGGAGGUGCAGGACCGGCCCGGGCUUCACCUUUUUGGCCGUCCUCUGUCUGAUUACUAUGCCUACAGCCCUGUGAGGGAGCGUGAUGCCUAUUCCACCCUCCUAGCCCACAUCUUCCAUGGCCGGAAGGAGUCCUUCAUUACCACAGAGAACCUGCUGGCCUCCUGGAUCUUCUGGACACCCUUGUUGGGCAGCCUGGCCAAUGAGGUCCCACGUCUCUACCCGGGGGGAGUAGAGAGUGACCAUCUGCUGGACUUUGAGUUCAGUGGUGGCCAACUGUUCUUCUCCCAGCAGCCGCUAGAGCUGCUGAUACCAGGGCCAGAGUUGGCCCCAAGACCCAGUGACUUCCAGGUCCUCAGGGCCCAGUACCGAGAGAGCCCGUUGAUCUCUGCCUGGCCGGAAGAGCUGAUCUCUAAGCUGGCCAAUGACAUCGAAGCCACUGCGGUGCAGGCAGUGCGGCUCUUUGGCAAGUUCCACCUGGCGCUGUCCGGUGGCUCAAGCCCCAUAGCCUUGUUCCAGCAGCUGGCCACUGGGCACUACAGCUUCCCCUGGGCCCACACACACCUAUGGCUGGUUGAUGAGCGCUGUGUCCCUCUGUCAGAUCCAGAGUCCAACUUCCAGGGCCUUCAGGCCCACCUGCUGCAACACAUCAGGGUCCCCUACUAUAACAUCCAUCCUAUGCCAGUGCACCUGCACCAGCGUCUUUGUGCCGAAGAGGACCAGGGAGCCCAGACCUACGCCAGCGAGAUCUCAGCCCUGGUGGCCAACAGCAGCUUUGACCUGGUGCUGCUGGGCAUGGGCAUUGAUGGGCACACAGCCUCCUUGUUCCCACAGUCGCCUACUGGCCUGGAUGGUGAGCAGCUAGUGGUGCUGACACAGAGCCCCUCCAGGCCACACCAGCGCAUGAGUCUCAGCCUGCCUCUCAUCAACCGUGCCAAGAAGGUGGCUGUCCUGGUCAUGGGCAAGAUAAAGCGUGAGAUCACCAUGCUGGUGAGCCGCGUGGGCCAUGAGCCUAAAAAGUGGCCCAUCUCAGGUGUCCUGCCUCUUUCUGGACAGCUGGUUUGGUACAUGGACUAUGAGGCCUUUCUGGGGUGACAGGCAUCCUGGGCUUAGUCACUCAUGAGCUUUCUCUCACCUGCCAUCUCCCCUCCUCUCCUUGCCCUCUCUCUGCACUGUGCCCUAGCUCUCCGGAACCUGGUACCCAAGUCAGGCCUUAAAGAGAGGAGGACAAGAUCCUAC